GGCUACACUCACCUCGUCUCUUCAUCGUACGCCGAAGCAAACUUUUGCUCAAUGGCUACCGCUGCUGUAAUGACAAACGGUUAUGCAACAUCUGGCGAUUGGCAGGAACGCUACUAUCAUGUAGAUCAGAUCCUCGACAGACCAGGUCCCCGCACAGAUCCCUCCUUCGCCGCUGGUGACGAGGUCAAGGACUUUUUGAGGAAUAAAUGCAAGAUUCUUGUCAUCGGUGCGGGUGGCUUGGGCUGCGAGAUUCUCGCGAACCUCGCCUUGUCUGGUUUCAAGGACAUCCAUGUCAUUGACAUGGAUACCAUUGACAUCAGUAAUCUCAAUCGACAGUUCCUCUUCAGGCCGAAAGACGUCGGCAAGCCGAAGGCGAUUGUCGCUGCUGAAUUUAUAAUGAACCGUGUGCCAGGCGUCAAAGUCACUCCAUAUUAUGGCAAGAUCCAGGACAAAGAUGAUGAUUAUUACCUGCAGUUCAACCUCGUCAUUUGUGGUCUGGAUUCGGUAGAAGCUCGGCGAUGGAUCAACGCCACUCUCGUCAACCUAGUGGAUCCUGAGAACCCAGAGAGUCUGAAGCCUCUGAUUGAUGGUGGCACAGAAGGGUUCAAGGGCCAGGCUCGAGUAAUUCUCCCAACCAUUUCCUCAUGCUAUGAAUGCUCCCUGGACAUGCUUAAUAAACCUACCGCCUUCCCGAUCUGCACAAUCGCCAACACGCCACGUCUGCCCGAACACUGCAUAGAGUGGGCAUCGGUACUACAGUGGCCGCGUGUCUUCGGAGAUAAAAAGCUGGACACGGAUGAUCCGGAGCAUAUCGGCUGGCUGUACAAAAUGGCUCUGGCACGAGCGCAGGAAUUCAAGAUAGAAGGAGUGACAUGGUCCUUGACGCAAGGUGUCGUCAAGAACAUCAUUCCUGCGAUCGCUUCCACGAAUGCCAUCAUCGCAGCUUCGUGCUGUAACGAGGCAUUCAAGAUCGCCACGAGCUCUGCGGCGUACCUGAACAACUAUUUCAUGCUGAUCGGCACUGAUGGCGUCUACUCCUACACCUUCGAGCACGAGAGGCGGAAGGAUUGUCCUGUGUGCGGUGGAGAUGCACUCGACAUUUCCGUCAGCAAGGAGUGGACCGUCGACCGACUAAUUGAAAUGCUGGUUGAGAGGCAGGACGUUCAAGUGAAGAAGCCCUCUCUCUCCACCGCGACCAAGCAAAUUUACUUCCAAGCACCCCCGCAGCUCGAGGAACUCACGCGCCCCAACCUGGAGAAGAAGGUAUCCGAGCUAGUGGAGGAUGGCGACUUUAUCACGGUGACGGCAUCAAGCCUGCCGUUCAACUUGACUUUGCGAGUGAAAUACAUCUAGAACGCUGCUGUAGAGUUGUUGUGCAUAUCCUGUAGCAUCCAUUUGCGCAUACCCUGCAAAGGCUCCGCGUCUGUGCUGAACGCAUCUCAUACUGACGGGCGUAUCUUGGGGGUUCGAUUCCCGUCACGGACUAGCUGCGGCUGCGGUUUCUGGAGUGGGUCGUGCAUAUGCAUGUGUGCCAGUUUGUCGACAGCUUGCGAGCACCAUGACACAGCUUACCAGGAGCUAUCUCCGUUCUACUAUACGUCUGCUAUGCUAUGUCCGUGGGGACCUAGAUACAGCACGCUAAACUUACUUCGCCUCUUACUUCGGUAGUCCUGCGCCAAAUCUGUUAUCUCAC